AUGGUCCACUUCAAUGUGGCUGAGAUGAACGAGACUGUCACAGCUAGAAAUGUUGUCAUGAACAAAAUAAACUUACGAGUCCUUGAUGAAAGUCCAAGGACAACACAGGAGGCAAAUAUUGCCAAUUCCUCAAAAAAUUUUCACAGGGGUUCAACCACUAAGACUAAGUUUGGGACUUCUUCCUCAAGCUCUAAGAAGUGGAAGAAGAAGAAAGGUGGUAAGGAGAAUAAAGCUACUCCACCUGCUGUUGCCCAAAAGGGCAAAAAGCUUAAGGUUGCAAAGGGAACUUAUUUUCAUUGCAACCAAGAUGAGCACUGGAAAAGAAACUGCCCAAAGUAUUUGGCCGAGAGAAGAAGGAGGCGAAAUAAGGAGCCACUAACCAUGUUUAUUCUUCAUUAUAGAAAACUAGUUCUUGACACAGUUAGAGGCUGA